AUGUUCAAGAACAUAUCGGAUCAGUUUGGAUCUGUUCUCGUCACCCUACUAUCUUUACAGAGUGUCUGCUCAGCACUUGCAGUUGAAACCAAUCUGACUCUGAACGAAACCCACACAAGUGAAGAGCAAGGGCUAGCUGCCCGCACAAGCGAUGAUUAUACUAUCGUGCAUAAAUGGAACGGCGGUGACGUCAUCGGACCGGCUACAGGAGUUGGCCUUGUGAUCACUGGAGCCGUUGGCAUCAUUGUCAGUUGGUACAAUAACCGGCCGGACCCUCAGAAGAUUUGUGGAAAGUCAGCAAUUAUCGACGUCUCGGAGGACGGAAUUGACUACGAGUAUUAUGUGUACUCCUAUACAACCGGCGACAACUGCGACAGCACCCAGCGAACAAAGACAAUCACUAAGAAGCUCUCCGACGCGAUGAAUGAUUUGAACUCCCAAGGAGCAUCUGCAGUGUGCCUUGAUCUUGAUCACCACGGUACAUGGCAUGGAGUCCUCGGCUUAGCGACCAAAUCCUCCGGAAAGAACCCCCAAACGGCGUGUGAUGGCCAUCAUGCAGGCGCCAGAAGCGGCAGUGUUGGGUUUCUUGAACCAGACGGAAACAUCACUGCUCAAAUCGAUGGAAAAAAUACCACGAGGAGGAAUGAAAACGGACUUCCCCCCGAAAAAUCCCAGGGAAUCAUUGCCGAGAUUUCGGGCAAAAUUUAUUCGCUCAGCAAGGAUGCAAGCUGCGCUGGAAUCUCUGGUACCAUGUCUGAUUCCAAUGGAGUGAGCAUUACCUACUACUACUACGCUUCGGGGAGAAAUUGCGACACCACCGCUGAGAUCCAGACAAUUGUGCAUGCUCUGGAUGACGCGUGGAAUGGCCUGGGAGGCACUUCGGCCCUAUGCAUGACAAUGAGACAUGGACACGGCACAUGGCGCGGACACCUGGGUGUUUCUGCAAUGCAGGGUGACUUCCCUGCCACGCAGCUGUGUUAG